AUGCCAUUCGAAAGAUUUCAAUAUGAUUUGGAGAGAUUCUUGCCAGUUGUGGAGCAGGAGGUGGAGUUCGCUGAGUUGUCGAGUUUGACUGAUGAUCAAGCUUACGAGCAGAUCAAAACUUUCUUCCCGACGCUGCAAUUGAGGAUUCAACAGUUGAGAAAUACCGGAAUAAUUGCCGACACGAACCGAAUCAAGCACAAAGAGGGUGCAACUCAAAUGUGUGGUCAGGGACAUAACUUCGCCUAUCUUUUAGUAGAUCACAAGUUAAGAAAUAUCAAUAUAGUGCUCAACAGAAAGAGAAUCUCUGCAGAGAACAACUUGAAAAUGCUAAGAGAAAUCCGAGAUGCUUUGAUCAAGUGGGGACAAUCAUCGAAGUUCCCAUGCCAGAGAGCUCAUGCUUACAAGAAGGGAUAG